UGGUGAUUGCGCUGCGCUCAGCAGGAUCAGAGACUGCUAAAAAAACGAAUGAAGCGCUGCCACUUUAUGUAAUCGCUUAUGUGAUUCCCCAGACGACCUGGGGAAAUAUCCGCUCGGCCCACCUCCUGUUUUUAACCAACGCCCCCUCAUCAGGACCACCCGCCUCUCUUAACUCCUCGGUUAGCUGGUCAGAGUCCUGUGUUCCCGCACGCACUUUACUCGUGAUUCCUGCACAGCCGAGAUGGAGAUCAGUUUUUCAGGGCGUCGGGCUCUCGUGACAGGGGCAGGAAAGGGAAUCGGCCGGGCAACUGUGAAGGCACUGCAUGCAGCAGGGGCUGAAGUGACUGCACUUAGCCGGAGUUCGGGAGACCUUGACAGCCUGGCCAAGGAGUGCCCAGGUGUGCAGACAAUCUGUGUGGAUCUGGCAGACUGGAAGACCACAGAGGCUGCUCUGAGUUCUUUGGGACCCAUAGACCUUCUGGUUAAUAAUGCAGGGGUAGCCCUCUUGCAGCCACUGCUUGAGGUCACAGAGGAAGCAUUUGACAGGAGCUUUGCAGUGAAUGUGAAAGCCGCUUUACUUGUAUCUCAGGUGGUUGCCCGUCAGAUGAUUGAGCGUGGUGUUCCAGGAUCCAUAGUUAAUGUUUCAAGCCAGGCAUCCCAGCGUGCACUGCAGGAUCAUGCCGUUUAUUGUGCUACCAAAGGGGCCCUGGACAUGCUGACCAAGGUUAUGGCCCUUGAACUGGGAUCUAAGCAGAUUCGUGUAAACGCUGUGAACCCCACAGUGGUGAUGACUGACAUGGGCCGGAUUGGUUGGAGUGACCCCCAGAUGGCUGGGUCAAUGCUGAGCCGUAUUCCUCUAGGACGAUUUGCUGAGGUGGAAGAUGUAGUUCAUAGCAUUCUGUUUCUGCUGAGUGAUAAAAGUUCCAUGAUCACAGGCUCAUUCCUUUCUGUGGACGGAGGAUUCCUGGCUUGUUAAAUCCAUUGGAAACAUUGCUUGAUUUUAGCAUUUAUUCUGCUAUUUACCUACCUGUAGCCAUCAAAACCAGGCAGAUAUAACUAGACUAUGAGACUACAACCAAUGAUACUUUUCUUUAAUUUGUACAAAGCUGAACAUUUGAAACAUGAUUUAACAUGACUCACAGGUUUUCUGUAAUGGAGAGGAAAGCAUUUCUGCAGCACCAUUGUGGCUACAAAUUACACAAUAAAACAAAUGUUUAAACACU